CUUGACUCAGAGAGGCCUUGGUUCAAAGAGGACUAGACCCGCACUUCUCCCCCGGUGAUGGCCGUCAGGGGGCGCUGCGGCAUCGCAAGUCGCUUCCGGGAAUGGAGAGGGCGGGGCCGGGCGUAAACCGGAACCUGACGGCGGGUUCCGCCCUCGAGCUGGGGAGGAGUCCGGGAGCAGAGCUGGAGCUGAAGCCGCUUUCACACCCUCCUCGCCCUCCCCGCCGUCAUCAUGCUCCAAUUCCUGCUCGGAUUUACUUUGGGCAACGUGGUUGGAAUGUAUCUGGCUCAGAACUAUGACAUGCCAAACCUGGCUAAAAAACUUGAAGAUAUUAAAAAGGACCUGGAAGCCAAGAAGAAGCCCCCUAGCUCCUGAUGCCUGCCCGGCACUGCUCUCCGGACCCUCCAGUUCCAUCCUGAGGGGCCGCCUCCUUCAUAGUCGCAACCCAAAGCUGUGUUCCUCUUCAGUCUCACACCCUGCCUGCUGCCUCAUAGCCAACAUGGGGCCAGAAGUCAAGGUUACCUUACGUUUCAAGCAGCGCCCCUUCCUCCUGUAACAUCCGUCCAGCUGCUUAUGUAUGAGUCCCGAGACUGGAACUCCGGUGCUAGGUUAGCAAAUACAUCCCUUAUCAGUGCUCACUCACCUGUCCCCCGGGAGUCCUACCUCCUGUUGUCAAGAGAAAACAGGGAAUGGAUUUGGAGAGCUGAUCGCACUGUCUAGCAGUUAUAAUAGGAGCUUGUUAGACGUUUGUUAACUCAAUUUUUGUUGCCAGAGUAAUUAAAGUUAGUGCUUUCAA